AUGUCAAAUAUCAUCCUACCUACUCGUCUUAUAAACCUUCCAUCCUCGUAUUUCCUGACCUUUCCCACAAACUCAACUAACCCCACUCUGCGAAUCAAGAUCUUAACAAGUGUACUUGUACAGACACCGCCAUUCUCGCCUUUGGUCAUCGGAAGGAGACUCGAAGAAUGUACCGAGGUUAUAGUUCCUAUCGGUGGGAAAGUGGUGAUCGACCUCAAGGUCAACAACAGGAAUCUGGAAGAUGCUAAUUAUACUGAUGACAUCAAAGCAUCUAUUGGAGAAAGAAUGAUAAGCACUUUCAGAACCAACCAUAAGUCAUUAGGCCUUUCAUCUCUAGAACCGGUCAUCAUUUACCCAGGAACGCGCCACGAUGAUACCAUUACAUUUGCUCUCAACCCUUCAAUAUCGUCUCCGUCACAUAACAUCACCGCCACAAACCUGGUUCCAGCAGGAAGCCCUGUGGCUUUUCUCACACAUCUCGAUAUCUCUUUCGAUUGGAUAGAAGGAAAAUCUGAGCAUUCGCGAAUAGGAACCUCAGAAGAGGAUGAACAAGACGAGCCUCCCAUCAACGAUGACGAUAGUAGCAUAGACGAUGAUGAAAACCAAGACGGUAGGAGAGAGAGAGGACCAUUACUGCGAAGUAGGACGGAAGAGCUCGAAUAUGGCGAGUUCUAA